AUGGCUGAGGCGCGUCAAUUUGGGGACCUCGCCACUCAACUUGUACUGGAAUCCCGCCGUUCUACAGCCACAGAUACUCUCCUAAAAUAUAACGAUCCGCUCGUCAGGUCAAUCAUCCGAGAACAACGAGAUCUUGAACGCGCCGCCGAUCCUCUCGUUCUACAAAGCCUUGAUGCUCCUGAAGGGACGCCGCCACCCCCAGGACUCAUCAUAAUUCAAACUGCUAUCAACCGAAACAAGCGAUGUCUACUUGCCUAUCACUCCCAUCGCGUCGAACGAUUUCGUGACAUGUAUUGGGCUGUCGGGGGAGCUCUGCCGCAUAUACUUUCUAACGCCGAUAUUCGAUCGAAGCUAUCCCCCCACGAAGUCGAUUAUCUUAGGCAAUACCAUGAUAGUGUGAUGGAGUACAGAGCCGACCUUGGGACAAACGAGCUGGAUAUUAUGGCGGGCAUCGAGCGACCAAUCAAAGAUCUGAAUGUGCUGGUAAAGGUGGUAAAGGAUUGUGGGGUCAUUCAGACGGAGCUGGGGAGUAUCGAUUUCAAGAAGGGGCAGAGGUUCAUGGUCAGACGGGCGGACAUCGAGCAUCUAAUCGUUCAAGGUUACCUCGAGGAGAUCGUGUAA